GCAGGCUGUAUUCAGAGUGAAGCAUCUGCCCCUGGCUGCCGCAAGUGUUCGUCUCAUUCAACGGAUUGGUGCUGUUGUAGGCUAUCAGAAAGUAACCGAAAAAGCGUUUUGGAGCCGUAGGCCUGUAGGAGAGAGCCAUCAUGUCUUCCAGUUCAGCGACAACCAGAAUCCUAAUCAAGGGUGGCAAGGUGGUGAACGAUGACGUUACGCUGGAGGCGGAUGUGUACAUCGAGAACGGCAUCAUCCAGCAGGUGGGGGAGGGGCUGAUGAUCCCAGGAGGGGCCAAGGUGAUUGACGCCUCCGGGAAACUGGUCCUCCCCGGGGGGAUCGACACCAGCGUGCACCUGCAGCAGAGUUUCAUGAACGCUACCACCGUGGACGACUACUACAGCGGCACCAAGGCAGCCCUGGCUGGAGGUACCACCAUGGUUAUAGGACAUGUAUUACCAGAGAAGAAUGAAUCUCUACUUGAGGCCUACGAGAAGACCCGCUCCCAGGCCGACAAUAAAGCCUGCUGCGAUUACGCCCUUCAUAUGGGGGUCACCUGGUGGGGGCCCAAGGUGCGUGCUGAGAUGGAGAGCCUGGUAAGAGAUAAAGGGAUCAACUCGUUCCAGAUGUUCAUGGCCUAUAAGGACCUGUUCAUGCUGAGGGACUCAGAGCUCUUCCAGGCCCUACAGAACUGUAAGGACAUCGGGGCAGUGGCCCGCGUACAUGCUGAGAACGGAGAACUAGUGGCCGAGGGCGCCAAAGAGGCAUUGGACCUGGGAAUCAGCGGCCCAGAGGGCAUUGAGAUCAGCAGACCAGAGGAGCUGGAGGCAGAGGCCACCCAUCGAGCGAUCACCAUCGCCAAUAGGGCCCACUGUCCUAUCUACCUUGUCAACGUGUCCAGCAUGUCAGCAGGAGAUGUGCUCGCCACAGCCAAGAUGCAGGGUAAAGUAGUCCAUGGGGAGACCACCACGGCACAUGCGGUGCUGAACGGCCUGCAGUACUACCACCAGGACUGGGCCCAUGCUGCAGCCUACGUCACAGUGCCUCCUCUACGCCUGGACCCAAACACACCCAACUACCUGAUGAGUCUACUGGGAAAUGACACGCUGAACGUAGUGGUGUCUGACCACCGUCCCUUCACCACUAAACAGAAGGCUAUGGGCAAGGAUGACUUCACAAAGAUCCCCCACGGAGUCCCGGGCAUCCAGGACCGCAUGAGCGUCAUUUGGGAGAGAGGAGUGGUCGGAGGCAAGAUGGACGAGAACCGUUUUGUUGCAGUGACCAGCUCCAACGCAGCUAAGAUCUACAACCUGUAUCCCAGAAAGGGUAGGAUCAUCCCAGGGGCUGACGCUGACGUGGUGGUCUGGGACCCUGAAGGGACCAAGACCAUCUCUGUGGACACACAGGUGCAGGGUGGAGACUACAACCUGUACGAGAGUCUUCGUUGCCAUGGUGUCCCCCUGGUUACCAUUAGCCGUGGUCGGUUGGUCUAUGAGAACGGAGUGUUCACGUGCUCCGAGGGCUCUGGGAAGUUCUAUCCUCUCAGAACCUUCCCUGACUACCUCUACAAGAAGAUGGUGCAGCGGGAGAAGUGUCAGGCCCUGAAGCCCGUGGAGCGUGAGCCCUACGUAGGAGACGUAGCAUUGAUGAAUUCUGGGAAGAAGGACUGUGGACAAUGUGAUGGGGACACUCCAACACGACCACACACCAAGCACGGAGGACAGAGAGACCUGCAUGAGUCCAGCUUCAGCCUCUCUGGUGCCCAGGUCGAUGAUAAAAUCCCAAAGAGAUCUUCUGCGAGGAUUCUGGCCCCCCCAGGUGGUCGAUCCAGUGGCAUCUGGUAACUGUGUGGAAGAGUAGUGAGUUCUAAAACCAAACAGUUACUGUAGUUCUCUAUUAGAAUGAAGAAUGAAACCUGAAGGGAAGUUCAGGGCCAACCAAGACAAACUGCUUGUUACGUUCACCCAGAAAGCAUAGAAAGCAAAGAAAACCUUACAUGUUAUUUCAAAAACGAACUCACGUAUUUAGUGUAUAUAUGAUGACAGGGUCUGAGUAACAUUUAUAUGACAUUGAUGUCAUUUUAAUAUUUGUUGGAAUAUCUGCCUGUAUGGUCGAACCCUGAACAAUAUUGGGCUUAACAAAUUUUAGACAAAUCGAAACUAAAUUUGCACGGUAGCUAAGUUGCUAGUUGACUGUUUUGGAUACAUGUAUGUAUGUUAGAGAAAGUACUCUAUGUCAUUAUACACUAAUGGUUUUAGGGGGAUGAUGGGGUUGAGUUGAUAAUUGGUUUACCUCACUGUUUAACCUACAAUAUUGCACUUGUAUCAUGUACUACUUAGCUGCCUUUUCCUUACAUGAUUUUAUGUGUAACAAAACAACUUUUUCUACCAAUACAGAACUGUCAUGAAUUCACGUGAUUAGUUAUUUACUACACAAUAUCUCAAAGCACUUGACAUGAUAUAACGUGGAUAUCAUAAUUUAUGUGUGAAACACCUAUUUUCUUUUCCGGUUCCUUCAUGAUUCCAUUUGUCUAAUAUUGACGAAAACUCAAAUGCAAGCUGAUACUUUUACAUUUUUUUGUAUCUUACAAUGUUAUUUGAAAAGAUGUCCCUUUAGAUCACUGUCAACAGUAUAAUCAUGAGUCCUGAACAACUAAGGAUGACAUAGCUCAUCAAAAUACGUAGGCUAAGUAAGUUCAGAGUUUUUAUAGCUUCUAUGUUGCUGUUUACAGUUUAAUAUAGUAGCACUCCUUCCUGGUCAUCUCAUCUCCCAUCAAUGUGAAUGAACCUCCGCUGUGUUUACUGUAUGUAUGUUGUGGCAUAGAACACUUAUAUGUGAGGCACUGAUAUGACUCAUAUUUAGCAGCAUUCUAUGUGUAAGUGGUGGUAUGAUAUUUCUUUACUUUUUUCUGUCUGUUAGCGAUAAGUUAGUUAGCUCCACUCUGAAAUGCCUUUUUCUCACAAGAGAAGUCUCACAUUAAACACAUAUACAGUUACUAGAGAUAACAUGUUUAUCAUUGGGAUUCCUCUUAGGAUGUGCAAACUAACUACUGAGCACAUAACACUUUUUAUUACUUUGAGUUUCUUUUUUUAAUUACAACACUGAGGAAUUCUGGUCUUGCACUGAAAAGUAUUUGACAGUUUUGUAUAUCUUUUGGGUUGACAUUUCCAAGGUUGUAACACUGUCGAUUGGGUAAGAGAAGUGCAUGAUCUAUAAUUCGAUUGAAUCUUGGGUAUUAUAAUGGCAAUGUAAAUAUACAAAUGCAAGUUCUUCAGGUUUGUUAUGUGUUUAUGUCAUAAUGUCAUUCAACAAUGCACUGUCGUUAUAUUACUGGAUGGCAUGCUUAUUCAAGAUUGUGUCAACGAAAACCACUGAUGUGUUUUUGUUUCAAAUUGUCUUGACACUGUUCCAUUGUAAGCUACUGAGAACAUAUCAUAUGAGUUUUAUUUGUGAAGAAUAUACUUUAUUGUUUUGCCAUAGUCCAAACCACACUGUACAUGAUAUCACUGCAGUGUAAGAGGUCCUUACUGGUGCUGAAUAGCCUACUGUGUUUUCACUGAGGUUUUGUUUUGUUUUAUCCUAUGUGUUGCAGCUCUUUAUCACAUGAUUGAGUGCAAAUAAACCACACGGAAAUUUCAA